GACGUCUAAAGCGCUAUAAAUGCACUGAUAGCAUUUUAUAGGAAUGCCGAAAGUUAAAAAGUUACCUCGAAAGGGUUUUUCUAGCCGAAUGGAUGUAUAAGAAAAGCAAGCAAAAAACAGACAUUGCACUAUUAUUUUAUUGAAAUAAACCCGUUUUACUUGUAGAACUUUUGACUAUCACUAGAAGAUUAAGCACAGCCAAGAUUUGAUAAUCAUCUAUGAAGUUAAUUAUAGACUAUGUCACAUCCGUUUCCUGAUCGUUUUAUAUUAAAGUAUUUAAAGACAAAUCGUAGAACUUCCUGGCGUACUUUUUCGUCAAAGCUCCUUUGUUCUAUAUAUAUAUAUAUAUAUAUAUAUAUAUACAUUAAUUUUUGAUAAGAAUAAUUUUUAUGUUGCGCUUUCGAGAGAACGUAGGUAGCUUGAUCCAGUUAUUGCAAGCGUUUCAAGCGAUGAGCCUGAUUCGAGUCGUGUAUGACUCCCGUAUAUUUCAUUGAGCGUGUUCGUAUCUUAUAAGUACACUGCUUUCUAUCAAAAAUCUCUCCUGCCAACGGUCGUUCCUCUUAUCAUGUUUAGAUUAUACUGUACGCAUGGUACAUAUCUAUAAAGUUUCACUUUCCGUUGCCCCCGUUUUUCUCUAUUGUUCGUACUCCGUCUAUUUGUACCCCGUCGAAUAUACGCGGAGCUUUGACUGGGUCUCAGUUUUCUGUAACGUCGCCUGGUCACUUCUUGUAUGGCUCUUCUUCGAAUAAGUAUUACCACAGGUAUUCGUUUGCCGCUUCUCGUCGGCGUUGAACGUAGUACGAUGACCAGUCAUUUACUGGCCACUGCUAUUGUUUAAAGUAGAAUAGCGAGCGCAUUAACCAUCGACUGCCGAACCUACCGAUGCAAAACAUAGAAAACCGAAUGCAUCACUGCAUUAGUCGCAAUUUCCUUAUAGCUUCUCCUUUCAUCUUCAUUUUCCAUUCUAUGGGUAUUCGGCUAUCCUUCGUCUAUAUACGUUGUCAUUUCCAUUUAAACUUUUUAAGCUUCCUCCUAAUUUGCUCUUCAUUUUAUCGUCUGCUCACUCAUACCGUUAAUUGUUGACUAUCGUCUGCUAUUGUCGGAUCGAAACAGGGACAUUAUUUUGAGCCUGUCCCUAACCCCGUCUCUGCACUUCUGCGCUGCUGUAUUAGUUGGUGCUGUUGUCCUGUGUGGACGAGAGCCGAGAGCUUUUCUUCUAUUUCUGGGGGCCACUACCGCUGUCAGCGCCCCACUGGCGCCACCACUGCUGGCAUAAUCUGCUUUUGAUCUGCUUUGGCGCCCUACUCUACAGCGGAUGCGAACGAUAGUGCCGACGACCAUAGUAGUAGCAGCAGCAGCAGCAGCAGUGACUACAACGAUAACGAAGACGAAAACGAAGCAGCGCCACCAAAACGAUGUAGUGAUUGUGUUGGAUGGAGGCCGUCGUCUUGCAACCAGCAGAUUUCCAAUGCGACGGCUACUACCUGCUACGGCUGCUGCCACUGGGUGCUCCUAUCGCUAGUGGUAAGGUAUCUACAGGCUGACCCUCAGCUGGCUGCGGCUACUGGCGUAAGCUAGCAACGAGCCUGUGGCCGCUCCGUGAGUCGUUCUGCCAGACAGUCGACAUCGACUCGCGAUUGCUGCGAGCACCCGAGCUAACCCGCAAAGAAGUGCAGUUGUAGACCACACCAUUGCUACGAAUGCGAAAUCGGCCUAUCAGCACGGAUAAGGAAAGAAGCCGGAGGAACUGCCAAACGAGAGGGUCUCGCUGGCCAUUGCUAUCGUUGUCGAGCACUGCAUGCGGUAAUUGUUUUACCAUCAUUGUCACCAGUGACCAAUAAUAGCAGCAAUAACACUAACAAGGCUCUCAUCUCCACCAGUGUUUCUGUUGUGUCGGUGGACUGUGGUAGGUGGCAGGACGUAGUCACCGUCCUUUGGUUGAUAGAUCGUCGCGUUUGACGGCAGUGACGAUAAGCAGCAGUUGUCGGAUAGUAAAAGAAAAUAGGCGAACCAUCGUGUGUGGGCCCACUAAAUCUUCGGAAUUUAGCCGGUCGAAACUAGCUCGGGGUCCCAAUCCGUGAGAAGGGAUCCGUUGCUGAACCUCUGUGUCUUUGUUUUUUCGUGCAAGAACAAAUGAAUGGAUAAAUACUUAUAUAUAGAAGUGGUUGGAUGGUGAGCGGCAGAAGUUUACUUGCUCACUUUGCCGUUUUUGUUUUCAGCAGUACGAAGUAAAGGAAUAUGGCAGAUGAUACGAGAAGCGUGAAGCAACCUCAAAUCAACGGCUUGACCGCCGCUGUCGCUGCUGCUGCUGCUUCUGUUGUGUAGAUGGUAAUGAAGUCGUGAACGUGCUAAAGUUAUGGUGGAGUGUGAAAAGAGAUUUGCGUGAGUUUUUUCUCUCUAACGAUAACAGCUACAUUGGUACAAAUCGUAGCAUUGCUAUGAACGGAUGCGCUUUUGCGCGUGCUGCUGAGAUUGCAGCAGCUCUACGUAACAGCAACUUUACGUUGUUUUGCAGACGUCGUGAGUCCUUCUGAAUGUAGCAGAGACGACGACACCGUGUUGGUUUUACUGGUGGGGGGUCGUGGGCGGAGCACAAGUGAGCCCAUGGUGAGUUCCGACACGUUCACUUUCUGGUGCAAGGCAGUGGAUCGAAGCAUACAUAUUAUAGAGUACAAAACUGUACCGUGGAGGACCUCUCGUCAGCAGGUGUCGCGCGCUAGUGACUAGUUUCGCGUUUGCAUGGCGCCGCAUCGUGCCGUGUUACAUUACGCUGCCCUUAUUGUAUCCCUUCAUAUAGAAAAUUUUACAAUUAGAUAGUCCCAAGAACUCUAUCCGUGCUGCUACAGUGACGAUCGUUGACGGUUUGUUUUCCGUCGUUUGGACGAGCAAAGUUUUCUGUAAAACGACGAUAGGUAUCGUCGUAAUUGGGGGCGCAGUGUGCGCCUCACUGUCUUCUACGUGCUACCAGCUAUCGUUGUGUUGUACUCAAUCCAUGCUGCUGUUGUGCUAUCGUCAAUUUCUGUGGGAGGCUUUUCGCCGUACCAACCAUAAACUAGCCUCCCGCCGCCCACAACAGGUUUCUUUAGGUUCUCCGUGUGCUCGUUAUAGAACUCAGACACACUAAGCGAGUGAUUCCUACCCGCCGUUUGUCGCAUCUCUUUUCUUAUUCAGAUUUAGUGUCUCUCUUUCUCCCGAUUGCAUCGGACGGGUUCUGGCUCUGAACCUACCGCACCGAGUUGGGCCGCCCGGGUAUCGGGUAUCCUGCAAAGGGGUACAGAAAUCUGAAGCAGCCGGAACGACUAGCAGGUUGUAGCAACGGAAACUACGGGAGGAACACCAGCAGCACCCCCGGGGGUUAGUCAGUUAGAAAAGCAGUCUAACGCAUACACAGACCGAUGCACACACACAUGUACACUGAAACACAUAUAGAGACACAGGACUGGCGAAAACACGAGUUGUUACUCAUUCGACUGGGUUGUCUGAGAGCGAAGCGACGACGGUGUUUCAGUGGUCGUGUUAUCGUUGUGGCCUGCAUUGCCAUCCAACAUCGUCCUUAUCUGGACCUUAUUGUUUUUGUGGCCGGCUGCUAUUACCCCAUAACCAUCACGACAAGCAGAACUCUUUGCUGCUAAUAACAUUCAUGGGCAUUUUGUAUUUCACUAACUGCUGGCAGAGACAAGAUUAAGGAGUAGUGCACACACAUACACAUAAGCUCUGGUGAGGUGCCAGUCGUAUGAUUCAAUUCGACAGUGUCAAAAGCAGUAGCAACAGCUAUAUAUGGUGAAGUCUGUGUAAAGAUUUCCGACGGCUGCAGUCAGUGGGACAGCAGUAAGGUUGUGGGAAUGCUUUUCCGUAUGCGGUGUUGUCUAUGCAACGGUUUUUGCGCGGCCCAGCGCCAAUCCUAUUUAGCUUUGUGCAUAGUGCGAGUUGCGCAUUCGAAACCGUGCUAACUUGCUGAAUUCGUACAUAAGUGUUCAUGUAACAGCGGUUCGCACCGCGGCAGCCGCUAUCUCUAAAAUUAUAAUGGGACACAAAUGAGCUUUGAAGAACAAGGUGGGCAGAGUCGACGUGUACGGACCAUAAUUGGACAGUAACGAUCGCGACCUCGAUUGCGAUAGGCUACAGGCGUGUAUAGCAGGAGUGGGGGAGGGGGGCAGCGGGUUGUGGUAUUAACGACAUUAAAAAAUACUUAAUAGAAGCAACAUCUCAAUGUGAAAGCAAAAGUAGCUUCAUAGCUAACCGAACAAGCGGUAACAUCUAAAAAUAGGAGCGAGCGCAGAGAAACGAUCGGUGGAGGCUGUCACUUCCCUGAGCAUAGCCUGUCGCUUAAGACCCUGCACGUCUGAUACAUAGCAAACUAAUUAACUGGUUUUGAUCUCGAUUUUCGGGGGAUUCGUGAGCACGUGGAACACAUGCGGCCGGUGUGACAGAAUGUGUGACGCAUUUGAUUUAGGCCUGAAAGGAAAAGUGAGAAAGAGCAAAUAAGAUAUAGAAAAGAGAUAGGUUUCGUGUUUGAAUCUCUAGCUAUGAAAUCCCUGCACGAAAAGCGCUAUUAAGAAGCCCUUGAAACAGCGGGAUAAUAGUGGCAAGAUGGUGAUAAUACGCUGGUGACAAUAGCAACAACAGUUGUACAAAAAGAUCCAUUUGCGUCGUCUUCGUUGCAUCGAUCUGAAGGGCGACGUCACGCCACAAAUGUAAGACUCAGCCACAAAAGAUAAGCGACCGAGAACGGUAAACGAGGAAUGUACAUGCAGUCAGGCAAGUCAACGCAGAGAAAAAAGGCAAAAUGGGACAGAAAGAAAGCACUGUCAGAGACAGUCGUAACGGCUGAACUAUCAUCAUAGCAGCAAAGGUAAGCAGGGACCGCCGCGCAAGCGAGUGGAGUUCGACGAGACACGUCGGAGCCGAGGGCCCUGGACGACUAAGGCAGCAUGUCGACGAAGCAGCCUAAUACCACUGAGACUAACAUCCGCAGAAGUAGCAGCAAUAGUCGCAGAAGAAACACGACUAUCAGUAGUCUUUUCACCCAGACGAUUUCUAACAACGACAAAAUCUGCAACGGCAAUAGAAAGCCUACGUCCAGUCGGGUCAAACUGCUUGGCAAGAAACCUGCCACGAAAAAGAACAACAAAAAGCAGAUUGUUCUUGGAAACACAGAGUGCAGUUCUAGCGUCGAGGAUACGAUCAAGACGAUCAGCACCAACGGGUACGGUGUUUUUCGCUGCUGCCGCCGCAGUGUAUUCUUCUUCCUAAAUAAUCGCUCUCCACCUUAUCGCAGACACUGUGUACACUCGUCACUGGUACAUCGGCUACGGAGUGUACGCAAUUCGUAUUCACAUCAUUGUCGUUACUUUCGCCGAUCUUCGCUGUCGAGUUCGUUGUGUAAAAGCAGCAGUAAUAGAAGCAACGGCUGUUGUCGUCGUGGCCUAGCAGCGGUUUUUACUGAAAAUCAUUUCGAGCAUUAUCCAUUGUCGCUGCCAGCGGUGGCUGCGGCAUGAGGAAGACAGUGGUGUGAGGAAUCUCGGGGCGAUGGCAGCCGAGGAGCGCUACGGGUCUCGCGAGGCGUGCCUGCAGGCCCAGGCCAUGAUCGACAUUUCGUUCGAACACCUCAAUGGGCUGCGCACCACCUGCCUCGCUGACAACCACAUCACCCAGAAUGAGAUACGCAUCCUGGAGACGAAGUUGGUGCGUUUAUUCGCCCGCCAGUUAGUGGCUCGCCAGCAGUUGGAGCGCAGCGAAGACCCAUUUGAGUAUCCGAAACUGCAAAUGUGGCUUCGAGUAGUUGGUCUCAGUGAACCCAGCAUAGCGGGGGUCUCUCGCCUCGUUGGUGGCAGCUUUGAUCAACUGUUAGCACGUUCCGACGACCAAAUCAAAGAUGUGCUCUGUGAUCAAACAGAGGAGCGGUUACGUCUCCUUACGGCACUCCGAAACCUCAGGAAGUGCACAAGUCGGCAACUUAGCGGUACAACGCAAACGUUCGAAGACGGGUUUGAAGACCUAAGCUGGGAGUACCUGACGUGUCCAGAGGGCCUUACGAUUGAGUCUCGCUUAGGGGCAAGCAUGGCUAGUGGAAGCAGUUGCAGCAGCAGCAGUAGCUACGCAGGAACGAUAGAUGGAACUGCAACAAGUGGGGAGAAGGCGGCCAUAACAGGUGGAACCGGUAGUGGAAUUGCUAUGAAUACAGCAGGAACCGGUAGUGCGGCCGGAACGCCAGGUGGAAGUCCUGCUACGGUUAACAAUAGCAGCGGGGUCAGCGGUUUAGCUGGAUCAGGAGCAGGACCGCAGGCGAUACUAACGCAGCCCGCUUCGCCUGGAUCACCUUUAGUAAAUCACUUGGUCAGUCAAUCGGGAAAUUCUGCGGGAAACGCAACUACUGCUAGUUCAGUGGGAAGUGUAACAAGCAACAAUAUGACACCGCACGUUAAUAAUUCCGCUAAUUCAACUGCCGUCAAUGCGACGGCGGGAGUAUCGCCCGUAGAGAAAUUGGUAAACCCAACUGCGUUGACGGCAUCAGGGAACGCCGCGUCCUCCGCGUCCGCAGGGCCAUGCCAACACAGCCGGACACCACCGUACAUUCGAAAAACACCAACGUCGUUUGUGACGAGCCUCAAUAACAACAACAACGCGGCCGAGCGCAGUGGUAGCAGCGGCUUGGUGAGCAAGUCUCGAUCGCAUGAGCAUUCAUUACGCGAUCACCAGCUGGAGUUCCAACAGCCGCCAUAUCCACAUCUGCAACCACAAAUACAACAUCACAGUUGUACGAGCAGCACAAACAGUGUCAGCGGAAGUAGCAACCAGCCUCUUCAGCUUCAGACGCAACCACAGCAGCAGCAACAACAACAACAGCAAUUUUCGCAGCACAUCGUCGGGGGGCCAAGUGGCAUCGGCAGAUGUCCACCCCGCAGGCGUCACCAAACCGAGCCGACGCCCGCCAGCGGAAGCCUGUCACCGUCGCGAAGUCCCUCGUUCAUCACUUCUCCGGAUGCUUCGGCUGACAAUGCGUUCGUCGAAUCUCCGGAUGCGCCUGGACUCGCUGGCCCCCACGGGCAGCAACAACCGGCCUCGGUUCCUACAUUAGCGGUACCACGCUCCCCGCGCCUUCCUGGAAUGGGACACGCCAUUCACCAUCGAUUUUCAUCCACGGUCAAGGUAACGACAUGCCAACAGUGUGACAAGCCAAUGUUUUUCGGCUAUAAAUGCCGAGAGUGUAAAUUCCGUUGUCAUAGGGACUGCGUGGACAAGGUCCCACCUAGCUGCGGGCUUCCCAACGAACUUGUUGAUGUUUUCGCACAAAGAUAUAACCAGGGCGCUGGCAGUGAACAGGUGUCAAGUAGUCCGUUACCGGGUCACUCACCCUCACUGCCACGCCAUGUGCUGUCUCGGCAGGGGUUACCCGGGGGCGUCGGGCCUCAUUUCAGCUCCGCGUACGGUCCUCAAACCGGCGACUCUUCAUCAAAUACGUCGUCAUGCAAUUCGUCGGCACCGAAUUCGCCACAGGUAUUGGCAAGCGUUGGAGGCGUCAGUGGCAAACAGGUCUUCCGGUUUCCACCUGACGACUUGGUAGCUGCUGCCAGCGGCCGCGAUGGCAGCUUGCCUUCGACGAGUGGCCAAGGCCACGCUGGUAAAGCGAACUCUUUGCGGUCGACCGAUUCGGAUCGCACCGUCGUAUCUGCCGCUUCGAAUUCAGGCAGCAUAAGUUUAUCGCUGCGCGAAUGGGACAUUCCGUUGGACGAAGUCCAACUACAAGAAAAACUCGGGGAGGGCCGUUUUGGAGUUGUGUACAGAGGAAGCUGGCAUGGCGCCGUUGCCGUGAAAAUGCUUAAUAUGGAGCAGGCCUCCCAAAGCGCUAGUCGACAAAGCGAAAUCAUGGAUACGUUUAAACAAGAGGUAGCAACGUUUCGAAAAACUCGUCACGAGAACCUCGUCUUAUUUAUGGGCGCCUGCAUGAAGCCGCCACAGCUGGCUAUUGUUACCUCACUCUGUAAGGGCAUGACUUUAUACAGGCAUCUGCACUUACGGAAGGACAAGUUCAACCUCAACCGGAUAUCGCAAAUAGCGUUACAAAUAUGUCACGGUAUGGGUUAUUUGCACGCGAGGGGAAUUCUACAUAAGGACUUAAAGACGAAAAAUAUCUUUUACGAGAAUGGUAAGGUGGUUAUUACGGAUUUUGGUCUGUUCUCCGUAGUCAAACUAUGCCAGGGUGGACAGGGUGGCCAUAGAGGUGACUGGUUAACUAUCCCACAAGGUUGGCUGUGCUAUCUAGCACCUGAGCUUAUCCGAGAUCUUCGGCCCGGAGCGGGCCAGCCUGAUCUGUCGUUUUCGACUCGCAGUGAUGUGUACGCUUUCGGUACGGUCUUUUACGAGCUGCUGUGCGGCGAUUGGCCGUUCAGGAGUCAGCCGCCAGAAGCAAUCAUCUGGCAGGUCGCCAAAGGUGUCAAGCCGCCUUUGGCUAACCUGCAAACAUCACAGGACGUCAAAGAUAUCCUCAUGUCGUGUUGGUCAUUUCAAGCAGACGAUCGGCCAGACUUCGCCCGUCUGCAAAUGCUCCUCGUUCGGCUGCCGAAGAAACGUCUGGCGCGUUGCCCCUCCCACCCGGUGCACCUUUCGCGUUCAGCAGAGUCCGUCUUUUAGGCGAUAGGCAAGGGGGCAACAUAGCACCUAAGACAACGGAAAAAACAAGGAGACCCGCGUAGAUUCGUAUCCUGCAGAGAUCUUACAGUAACAUCGACCCGAGAACAACGAUGUUCUGUUAGUUCUCUACAAGCCAAGUCACGAGGCGCAACUAGAGAAAGAGAGAGCUUCUACAAAGAUCUCAGGGUCAGACGUAAUCUGUCAGUCAACGCGUCUAGAACACGUUAAUCCAAGUUACUACCCACUGUCGAUCGAUCUCGAGGCAGAGACCGGCAAGCGCGGGCCUACGCAGUUCUAAGUGCCGCUGCAAACUAUCCCAUAUCACCCAGAGUUCGACAAAUCGACAGGCAACAACGGAUUAUUCAGUUAUCCAUGCAUUAUCGCCUAGUAUCGCAAAUAGCUGGCUGGUCGAACUCAUUUGGGUGGUAGGAACUUUUAGCUUACGAAUUAUCAUAAAUAGCGGGGCCUUGGUAGUGCACAAUUGGACAAAAGACGGACUAGCGAAUAUGACACAGUUUGUGUGUGAACUGGAGAAGAAGGGAGGUGCUGAUCCUUGGAGAGAAUUGUAUGGUCAAUUGGGAAACAUUGUGGGAAUUGACGAUUGUGGUAUAUUGUAGAAUAUAACAAGCAGGUGUUAAAAAAACGCUGGUGCGGGGGGGGGGGGGGUCGUAGUUGAUGGCGCUAUCAUAGAAAAAGAAAAACAUGACGGUAUGUUUGCGCGCUCUUUCCACAUACACGUAUAACAAGUGCUUGGAAGACUAGUGCACGCGGGGAGUACAUAGCUCCUUGGGUUGGGCCAGUGAAUGGCAAGUUUAGUGACGGGGAGGAGGUGUUGACCCCUAAGAGGGUCUCUAAUCUGCAAGGGACCGACCCAGUCAAAAAGAUUCUUGUUGAUGAGACAAUGCUAAUAAUGAUGACAAACAUUACGAAGUUGAUGAUGAUUUAGUGGAAGGUAGUAGAAAGAUUAUGUGCGAGAUAGGGGAGCGUGCGAAAAAAUAAUUAGUAAAGAUACACCGACAAAGACGAUGAAAAAUGAUUUCGACAGAGACUGUCAGAAGCCGUGGGAAACUAUUAUGUGGACACUAAAUGGCCGGGUAGAGUGCGAGUAAAAUAGUUGAGGACAUAGCAAGAGACACAACGGCCGAUGGGUGGUAUUGCAAACAUGGAAAGGCCUCACAAGAAUACGAGAAGUAACCAUGCAUAGGUAUUAAUGACAUGUGUGUGUGAGAGCGCGCGCGCGCGCGAGAGAGAGAGAUAGAGAGAGAGAGCGAGAGAGAGACCGAGAGCGAGAGAGAGCGAGCGGGACCUCAUGCAUGAGGUAGGCGAACUAAAGAUGUCAAGCAGCAUGUCCGCAGAAAUGACAAUGAGGACAUGAAGCGUAAAUAAAACAAAAGUAU